AUGACUGCACUAGAAGAGAAUGCAGCGUUUUUGCCCAUGGAGAUCCUCGACUUGAUCUUCUCCUACGUCGAGGAGAUCGGCGACAUUCAUGACUGGUACCGGCUCAGCCUUGUCAACCACAGCUGGUAUUCCGCCGCAAUUCCACGACUCUACCACACCUUCAUUAACAAUGGAGAAUUUAAAGACCGCGAGCGCCUCUGGCAGUUCAUGCGAACGGUUGUCCAGGUGCCGAGCCUGGCUAAGUACGUCAAGGCGGUGGACUUGCAGCAUUGUCUCAAGUACACCGGAAUUCGUAGCGUGGCUCUUGCCAGGCGCCUGUGCGAUGAAUAUCUCCCUGUUCUCCACCAGGGAUUGUAUGAAUCGGGAAUCGAUUACUAUGAGCCAGAGGAGACCUAUGAUGCACUACGACUCGACAAUCGACGGCCCAUUGUGGCCAUGAUCCUCGCCUGCGUGACCGAGAUCGAGUCCUUGUACAUGCAUGCCACCUACGACGACAAAUAUCUUCGCGCCGUAGCAGAAAAUGCGGUCAUUCCUACGAAUUCGGCAUACUUCAGCAAUGAUGGGCGCAAAAAGUUCGCUUUCAAGCAUCUGAAAAAAUUGUGCCUGAACACGGACGAUCAGCCAUACGGCAACGUCCCCCUCCAAGUGGACCGCUAUCAGCCGUUCAUCUACUUCCCUCAGCUACGCGAGAUGACUCUGCUGCGCACGUACCUCGACCCAAGUCUGUUCUCCUGGCAGCUGGCAGAUGAAGCAAGCGCAAUGACUCACUUGACCAAACUGACCAUUGACCUACACAAGGAGACCCGGCUCGAAGACCUCCUGAAGUUCUUGGACAAGCGACCCCCAUUGACCAGCUUGUGCGUCGACUUUAGCAGCAUCCCUCAGUCCGAAUGGGCUUUCCCCGGUCCGUCUGCGCUCUGGAAUCGUCUAAGCGAGUUUAAAACAACGCUCGAGACCCUCGACCUGUAUUGUCCCAAUCUCGAACCAAACCGGCCUGAUACCCCGAAAUUUUGUCCCCCCGUGGCAGAAUUCACCAAGCUCAAAUCACUCAGUAUCGGACCUGCCUUUCUCUUUGGUAACUGCAGGGACCAUGAUAAGCCUUACCAGCUCAUGGAACAUAUUCCGCAUGGACUGGACUUUCUUGGCCUCUAUGGUGACCCGGGAUCACAUUGGCGAAAUUGGGUAGUGCCACGGCGUAUUUGGGCAGUGCCAGACGUGGAAGUUCAGCUGGAGGUUCUUGCCAAGGGGCGCGAGCCCAAGGUCAUUCAUGUCGAGGGCUGGGGAGGGAGGACCUUACCUAUGCUACCAAUCAAGAGGCUGAGGACUGUCUGUCGGCAAAAACGGAUUGAAUACAGAACUAUUCAUCUAGAGGAUAUGAACAGAGGAGGCUUGGGCUCGGAGUUUGCAAAAUCUAGUUAUAGACAUGCGCGGCCGAAUAGUCCCGGAAUGGACCAAGUAAUGCUCUAG